UAUUUCCGGAAAUACAUAGUGAUAGUUAACGAGGCGGCGGCGGUGGGGGCGAAAAUAAACGCGACGAAUCCGAGAAAAACGCCGCGUCCGAACUCCGAGGAACCAGACGAGCGACCGGAUCAUGAAGACGCGCUUCUGAGAGCAUCUGGAGAACGUCUGUGAACAUGCUGCGGGUUUUAAGAGGCGCUGGUUUGAGGACGGUCCGCGCCGAGACGCUGAAGGACGCGCGGAGACUUCACAGCACUUACGAUGUGGCCGUGGUGGGAGGAGGCAUCGUGGGUUUGGCCACAGCACGAGAGCUGAUCCUCAGACACCCAAACCUGAGCUUCAUCCUGGUCGAGAAGGAGAAGGAACUCUCUCUCCAUCAGAGUGGUCAUAACAGUGGGGUGAUUCACAGUGGGAUUUAUUACACUCCUGGAUCUCUGAAAGCUCGACUCUGUGUCCGAGGAGCAACUCUGGCGUACGAGUACUGCGACAAGAAAGGCCUGCCCUACAACAGGUGCGGGAAGCUGAUCGUGGCCGUGGAGCAGGAGGAGAUCCCCAGGUUAAAGGCUUUAUAUGAACGAGGCAAAAAGAACAACGUGAGAGACAUGAGUUUAGUGGACGCCAAAGGAAUCAGGGAGCGGGAGCCGUUCUGCAGGGGCAUCAUGGCGAUAGACUCUCCGUACACGGGCAUCGUGGACUGGCGGAUGGUGGCGCUCAGGUACGGCCAGGACUUCGAGGAGGCGGGCGGUCGGGUCGUCACCGAGUUUGAGGUGAACGACAUCUCCAUGGCGACGGAGAGUCCGGAGGGAAGCACAGAGGGAAUGAAGUUUCCCAUAGUCAUCAGAGACACAAAGGGGGAGCAGGUGCGCUCGCGGUUCGUCCUCACCUGCGGGGGGCUCUACUCCGAUCGUCUGUCCCAGAUCUCGGGCUGCAGCAGGGAACCUCGGAUCGUCCCCUUCAGAGGAGACUACCUGGUCCUGAAGCCCGAGAAGCACUACCUGGUCAAAGGAAACAUCUACCCCGUUCCUGAUCCCCGGUUCCCGUUCCUGGGGGUUCACUUCACUCCUCGGAUGGACGGCAGCGUGUGGCUCGGACCGAACGCCGUCCUGGCCUUUAAACGAGAAGGAUACAAACUGUUCGACUUCAACGCACGAGACAUGGUCGACGCUCUGUCCUUCAGAGGACUUCAGAAGUUGGUUUUGAAGAACAUCCCGUACGGUUUGGGGGAGAUGUACAGAGGCAUCAACAUCGCAGCACAAGUGAAAAUCCUGCAGAAGUACAUCCCCGAGCUGAGCGUGAGCGACGUGCUCCGGGGCCCGGCGGGGGUGCGAGCUCAGGCCCUGGAUCGCCAUGGAAACCUGGUGGACGACUUCGUGUUUGACGGGGGAGUGGGAGACGUGGGCAGCAGAGUCCUUCACGUGAGAAACGCCCCGUCGCCCGCGGCAACCUCCUCCCUGUCAAUCGCCGAGAUGGUCGCCGACGAAGUGGAAAAACGCUUCUCGCUGUAAAAAAACGGACGUCCAGAGUGAAACUACCUCGGCAUUUGAUCAGGUCUGAGGACGGAGCUGUAGAUGGAGACAGAUGAUGUUCUGACGCCUCCGUUUCUGUUCAAGGAUGGAUUUUCUUUCUUAACAAAAAAAACCUCUUUAACUUUCCUCUCAAACCAGUUUUUUUUUUUAGGACGUCGAGUUUUUAAAACAGAACGGGAAACUCCGACCCAAACGCAGAGGCAGUUUUACACACAAGGAAAACAUGAAGCAGGACAAGCACAAAGGAGUUAUUGUUUAUUUUUAAUUGUCUGAUCGAAGCUAUUGUGCAGUUUAGAUGCAUUUUGGGGCUUGUUUACAUCACAAACUGCUGCUGUGUCUAACCAGGAAGCCACAUUAUAAACUAAAACCUUAAAUAUAACAACAGUCACUGUGUCCACACUUGUCACAUGCAGUUUAAGACCUGGAUCUGACCCGUUUUAUCUUUUCUCACUCGUUUGGGAAUCACAGACUUGAACUUCUACGUCGACAGAUGUUUAACUCAUUUCAUGCUGCGUAUUUUUGAGGAAAACCCUGCCAAGAUUUUAUAAGAAAAUUGAGGAGAAGUGUAUUUUUAAAACCUGCCUGUAUGAGUUCAGUGAUUCAAAGUGAGUGGGCAGUAAAAAGCAGGAAUGAUUGAUGUUUAUCUCUAACAGACGAGUGGAACGACUGGAAACAGAAGAACAGUCAGGCCAAAAAUGCAGCAGAUCAAUCAGCUGAAAAGUUAUGUCAUGGACUUUUAACUCGUUUGGAUUUUUCUCUGGGUCGUCAGUUUGCGUCUGACGCCUUUUAGCAAUUAAAAGAAACUCCUAAUUAUAUUUACUAGAUUGAUUUUCUGGGCUGUUGUCAUAGUGAUUAACAUCUUCUGUUUUUUGAACUGAAUUGGAAAAGUCGUCUGAUUGUGUCUAACAAAACAGAAAACUGAAAAACAUCUUUAGUUUCUUAAAAUGGGAAGUGUACUUUUGUACUUUUCCGAGCCUUUAAGUUCACACGCGUUGCCUUUUAUCGUGUAUUUUUAUCAUUAGUCCAGGAUUGACUGUUUGGACGUUUUAGGAAUGUGACGUAGUUUUGAAGUUUACCAAAGCAUCAUCUCAACACGUCUAAGCUGAAAUCAGACGGGUUCAUGUUCCACACAUUUAUUUGAAUUUCACUUAAGAACGAGAAACUAUAAAAUGUGAAAACUGUUUAUUUCUUUAUUCUGUUUUAGUGUCAAACAUAAAAACAGAUUUUAACUUCUGUUUCCUCUCUGUCUCUGUGCCUGUUUUAAUUUGGAUCUUUUAUUCUCUCUGGUUUUGCCCCAGAUGUUCUGCUCAGCGCUGCCUGUGAAUUCAGUGUCACUGAACAAAAUUUAUCUCUGUUUCCUGUUUCUGUUGUGCUCGUUCUGGCCGAUGUUGCAGAUUGGCAGCCUCGCUUCUGUCAGUCUGCCCCAGGGCAGCUGUGGCUCCUGCAGCAGUUUAACACCACAGAGUGUGGAGUGAAUGAAGAAUGAACUGUAAAGAGCUUUGUUGAUCUUGAAAGGCGUUAUAUAAAUGCAAUGAUUAAUUAAUUAAAUAAACUUUAAAUUAAAUAUUGUACAUAGAUGUUGAAAUCUGUUUUUUGUUUGACACUAAAACGUAAAAAUGAAAGGAACUGUUUUCACAUUUUAUUUUUUAGUUGUUCUUAAUUGAAAUUCAAAAGAACAAAUGGAACGUGAACCCAGACGGUUCUUCUUCUUCUUCUUUUGUUUGUUUGUUUGUUUGUUUGUUUGUUUGUGGUCGCUGGAGGUUGUAGUUUUUUCAGAGAGAAUAUUGAGGCCACUUUCACUUUCUGGUUAAAACUGUAGCCGAAAUCGCUGUUUUUGGAAUCAUUUAAAUCUACAUCCACAAAAAUAACAUUCUACUAAAAAUGAAAAUUACAUAAGUAGCUGCAUUUUUUUUAACAUGUUAAAGCUGCACUGUGUAACUUUGUGGUUGUGGGUCCAUCACCUGUUUGUUUCUAUGGAGACGUCAUUUCUCUGUCUGGAAUGUUCCACAGUGUGACAUUUAACAAUUCUACUUUACAUUUAUUCAAUUACAGAUGGAUUUAAAGCUCAAAAAUAUCUACAAAAACAGACUGUGAUUCUGACUGUGAGCGGCGCCGCCUCUCCACAGAUCUGACCUGGAACUUGGUCUGGUUCGGUCUCCGCGAAGAUGGAAAGGUUUAAUGCCGUACUGUGGAACAUUCCAAAGCUGUAACAUCUCGUUGGAGAAAAGCGUUUGACGGAGCCUCCACCAGAAAAGUUACACAGUGCAGCUUUAAACCUAAAAAUAUUAUUAUCAGACCGUUCCUCCUGCUCUUCUAAAAUACUGUGUCAUGGGUUUGAGAAUUAUGAAAAACCGGUUGCCAUAGAGAUGAACAAUUUAAGAAAAAAAAAGAAAAAGAUCAAUACUAAAUCCAUAAAUACACUGGUGGUAGUUUUAACUUUUCUUUCGUCUGUUUUGACAUGUUUUACGUUGACAGUUUCUUCCUGUUUUGUACUGUAGUUUGGUGCAGACUUUCAUUUUCUGCACUUUUGGAAACGCACAAUCAGUUCUGUGGAGCUCAAACGCUGAAAUGUAAAACAUUUAUAUUUAAUAGGUUGUGUGGUGAGUUUAAGUCGGGCGACACUGUGCUAUUUUUGACCCUUUUUGAGUCGGUUUUUCACUCAUGCGAAUGUUUUUGAGAUCGGGCAGAGUUUUGUCUUAAUCGUGCGUCGUGUUUUGUGUAGAAACAUGAGGUAACGAGAAGGAUUAAUCCCGCACGACCAACUCCCGAUCGCCAAUCACAGGGCUCAGGAAAAUCAAACCUGGUUGAAUCCAGUCGCGUCUCGUGAGGGUUUCACUCUGCUGAAGUCGUUCAGUGUGAGAACAUGAAUCAUGAGCUGUGAACUUUUAAACCCUGAGAUUUGGUCGAACAGUUUGAGCUGGUGGUGUUGUACUCGAGACAGGUCUUUGUCUCGAGACGCUUUUUUUUUAUGGUCUUGGUCUCAACUCAGACUCGAGUGCAUUUGGUCUCGGUCUUGUCUCUGUCUCGAAAGUGCUCGGACUUGGUCUUGUGUCGGUCUCGAGGUCUGACUCUCGUCGAGUUUGAUCAUAUUUCAUUACAGUCGGUUAAUGUGCAGAGGUUAAAUAUCACCUCAAAACCAGUGAGAGAAUGUGACUGUAAAUAUUAUGAACUUGAAAAAACCACGUGAUUCACUUUGAAUUUGUUUUGUGUAAAGUGUCAGUGGAAGUGGGAUUAAAGAAGAGAUUCUCAAACUGUGGGUCAGGGUCCAAAAAACAGGAACAGAGUGUUGAAGUGUAGCACAGUUUGUUUGGUUUAUUUUAAAUGAACAUUCAUCAGAUCAAAUGGAGACAGAUUUAUAAAAACACUGACAUACCAAAAAAUAUCUGUAAAAUACAAAUUAAUGUAGGAAAUAACAAAGAUGGUCUUGAUUUGGUCUUGAUUUGGUCUUGAUUUGGUCUUGAUGGGCUUGAUGGGCCGUGGUCUUGGUCUUGUCUCGGUCUUGGUUUUGAUUCGUACAGUUUCGUACAACACUAGUCUGAGUGAAAAUAUCGAGAAUAUCGCACAGUGUUCGUCCGGCUUUAGCGCUCUCCGUUAUUGUGUUACUUUGAGACAACUUUUAUCGCACAAGAAACGCACAGCGGUCGCGUUCAUGUUUGUAGGAGUCUGUGGCCGCGUCGCAUUUCUUUCCUCGCUUCCUCUCCUCUUGGUGAAGGAGUAAACCUGAGGGCGUCUUCAGGAGCAAACACCAGAGAAAAGAAUCAGACUUUAAUCAGUCUCAGUGAGGACUUUAGAUCCUCUCUCUCUCUGUCUCCUCUGGGACUUCCUCACCCAUUUCUUGCAGAAACCAGGAGAAGGAAGCGAGGAAACGAGAAAUAAGAUGCAGCCUAUGUUUAAAAAAAAGUGCAAGAUUUAUCCUGGUUUAGAUCUGGUUUAGUCCUGAUUGAGGUAGACUUUUGGUUCUUUUCUGGUCCUGGUUUAGUCUAGUUUAAGUUCCAGGUCCCAGAUUUAUCCCCAUCAGUCCACACAAAGUUUUACAUUUGAUUAAAAACAUGUCCAAACUGAAAAUAGUUCAUCUUGUGCAUUAAAAUCCUGUUUUUUGAUGAUUAUAAUGAGCAAAUAAUUCUACUUAGGUUAAAGGAUGAACUUUGUGCCAGUUUUAGUUUCAGGUGGAGAGUUCAGUAAUGACAGAAAUCUGAACAGUGGUGCAACAUAACAAAGUAAAAGUAUCAAAGUACUGUACUUAAGUAAAAAAAGAGGUAUCUGUACUUUACUUAAGUAGAUUUUACAGUGUAUAUUUUACCUUUGUACUACUUUAUUUUCACUUCAGCACAUUUGAGAGCAAAUAUCUGUACUUUCUACUCCACUACAUUUCUGAACAAGUCUUAAAAGUAAAAGUAUUUAUUUUUAUUUUAGUUUGAGACCUGCUGGAAACACGAGGGUUUAUUUUAUUUUAACACAUUUGUAAAAAACAAAACAAAACAAAAAACAUUUGAUUCAAUUUUUUUUAUUGAAAAAAAUGUUUUUCAAAAUCACUACAUUUGAAACUUUAUAAUAUCUCAAAAUCUGCGUGAAAUACUUUUACUUUUACUAUUGAAGUACAUUUUUGAAUUAAUACUUUAAUACUUUUACUUAAAUAGAUUUUUUUUUAUGUGAUAAUUCCACUUUUACUUGAGUAUUUCUUUGCUCUGGUAUCUGUACUUUUACUUAAGUAACAAAAUCAAGUAGUUUUUUUUUUCCACCACUGGAUCUGAAUCAUAAACCAGAUCAACAAAUCUCAAACGACCCACCCUCAGAUCCGUCCCCUGAACGCACCUUGAAGCCAGAGUUUAGGUUUAAUCGUGUCGUAAAGUGACAUUGUUUCGUUUCGCUGCAGGAAGGCGACGGCGGAAAAAUUUGCACAAAGGAAAUUAUAUCAGGAAAUAUUUUUUUAGGAAUCCGUCUCCUUCCAAACAAAACUCUGGUCUGGUCCUGCUCGCGAUGUAAGAAUGAACUUUUGUAUGUUUAUAAAAUGACAUGUUUUAAUUGUUGUGCAUAAUUUUACCAAGAAACUACUGGAACUUUUAGCAGCCAAAAUAUUAAAUGUAUAAAAACUGGCUGAAUGUAAAAGGCCAAAUGAUGCUGUUUUUAUUUUUUUAAUCUGUUUCUAAUGUCGUCGAGGGAACAGCAUUAGAACAGGACUUAAAGCUCACAAGAGUCGAUUUUACAGCAUAUAGGACCUUUUUUAAACAUAUUAAUCUAUUAUUGAAUCAUAAUUAUUUCAAACCUGUUGAUUUGUUCAUGGCCCUGGUGCAGAACAUGAGUUUGUCGUGUUGAGCUUUUACAGAUGAGUGGGAAUGUUGUUGUAAAUGAACGGAUGUGCAAUAAUCCCCCAAUUUACCCCCAAAAGAUCCGUUUGUGUCCAAAACCUGAGGGAGAUUUUGUGCCGCAGUGGAAAUAAAUAAAAGAGUUUUAGUGGAGACUGAGGAGAGGGACGGAGCCGCUCUCCUCCACCGACAAAGGUGCUGUUUGCUCAAAGUUCUAUCGACACAAAACAAUGACGUGUCUUAUGUAAAAAAAAAAAUAAAAUAAAAAAAAUGAACAGAGAAUAUAUGGAGUUUUGUAGAGUAUUUUUUGAGAAAUUUUGUGGUGACAUUUUACUGAAAGUGUAGAUUGUCUUUAUUGUUUUAAUAAAGAAAUUGAAAAGAA